UAUAUAAAUCAAAUCUCCAUCGGCGCCGUGGAUUAAUUAUCCAUUGUUGUGCGGGUGAGCACAAAAAUGCCCUCCUCGCUUCACCUUCAUAGAAUUAAUUCAAUAACCGCCUCCGUCGGGCAUCAGAAGUCGGGUAGGGUUUCGUGGGUUUGUCCCGUCACUGGCGGCGACAAUGAUGUUGUAGUGCCGGAACGCGUGCUGCGCCACCACACGCACCCAAUGGGACCGAACCAGUGCUGCUCGGCGGCGGUGCGCGCGAUCGAGUCGGCUCCGGUCGACGUGGUGUGGUCCGUGGUCCGCCGGUUCGACCGGCCGCAGGAGUACAAGCACUUCCUGAAGAGCUGCCACGUCAUCGUCGGGGAGGGCGGUGUGGGCACGCUCAGGGAGGUGCGCGUGGUGUCCGGCCUCCCCGCAGAAUGCAGCACCGAGAGGCUGGAGAUCCUCGACGACGAGAAGCACGUGAUGAGCUUCAGCGUCAUCGGCGGCGACCACCGCCUCCGCAACUACCGCUCCGUCACGACGGUGCAUGCGGCGGCCUGCGGCGGGGCGGUGGUGGUGGAGUCGUACGUGGUGGAUGUGCCGCCGGGAAACACCAAGGAGGAGACGUGUGCAUUUGUGGAUACCAUCCUGCGCUGCAAUCUGCACUCAUUGGCUCAGAUCGCUCACAAUUUGGCCAGAGAUCACCCUAAUUAGUUUUAAGUAAUUAUAUUAAUUAUUCAUCUGAUGUAAAUUUAGGGAAUUUGGAUCUUGAUUUUUGCGAACAACUGUU